AUGCGCAUUCAAUUUGGAUCGAGUUCCGUGUUCUACAAAAGUGAACGUCGCGACAAGACCCCCACGUAUGCUGGUGUGGUGCUGUGCAUAAAAGGCGUCCAAAGAUCAUUCAAGUUCACGCUCCCACUUAUGCCGCAGCUGACGACGAAUAAACAGUUCCUUGAUAGAAGCAGCAAUACAACUCUAAAAAGCACAGCAACGCUAGUAAUGAUCUCUGGAGACUUAAUGCAAUUACUGGACAUUCUCUCAAUCAAGAAUCCGCAUGUUUGGGAGAAAAUGGAACGGAGGAGUCCGGACGGAAGCUACCGUGGUGAGAUGGACCACGUACUGUGUCCCAAUUUGAGCUUUGUCGUGACGGUGCUUCACGGAUACGAUGUCGGCAGUGAUCACCGCAUUGGGCAAUUACCCCUGGUAUUGUCCAUGUGA